AUGAAAUACUUCGUGACAAUUACAAAACCUGUUGGAUACUGUCAUUUAGGAGUAGCCUUGUCAUAUGAAGCAUUACAGAAAGAAUUUAUGAUGAAAGCCUAUUCAUCAAAUGUUUUCAUAUGGUUUAUACAUGGAAAUACUCUUCUGACUGCUGCACUUGAGAUGCUACACUUCUGUAACUGCCUGUCCCACUGGGUUCGGCGAGCAGCCUUUGACGAGUGUCUUCGCACUCAGGCACUAAAUGAAGUUGGCGGGGGUGAAGGACAAACAGGUAGCAAUCCACGCUUUAUUGGCGUGCCACAAAGUUUAUUUGCAGGAAGCGGGGCCAACGGGCACCAGUCGGAAAACGGGACGGUCCCCGUGCGUUCUGCCACUCUCGUGUGCCUUGUCGAACCCGACGCCUCGUCCUGCAGUGAGGAGCGACUCCGUUCCGUGCAAACCGCCUUCGAAAUGGAAUACCGGGACAUGGAGAGCAGUGAGGCGAUGGAGAACGGGAUGAUCCCGGUCGCGUCAGAGGACAGCGCUUUCCUGUCCGCAGCGUCGUCAGCGACUGCGACAGCGAGAUCGCCCAGGAGGAGAGCGAGGCCCAGAGCGCCUGCGGCGACGCCAGGGCAUUCUGCGACUGGAGUUGCUCCGACGCUGAUGGCAGCCCCGAGCACGAGUUCGUCGCCAUUUGGCUUCGCGGAAGGAGCGAGUUACGUGGCGGCGACUCCGCAGGCGCUCGCGUACCAGUACCUCGUCCAAGAGACCCAAAAUCUGCGCGCAGAGAACGCCUCCCUGCAACAGAAGCUGCACGUCUUUCAACACCUUUUACAAAAUAGGGAGCGGCUCGUGUCUGUCCUUAGAACCCUCGGUAUGGACGCUCACAUCUCAGACCCAUCGAGCUGAGUAACCCUUCUUCUGAACCCCCACAAAAACAAACAAAUAAAUAAACAUUCCUGAAGGACCAUGUUCUGCAGAGCGUGUGGCGCAGGCUUCCAGGUGCUGGGGUUUAGCUCAUGUCCUAUUAAACAGACAGUUGCGACGACCGGAAGGCCAUUGCGACACGAGUUGGGAUUCGGCGAGCAGCUACGUAAACUUAUCUCAACAGGUUUGGACGAAUCCUAUUGAUUUCUAUUCAUCCACGUUUCCAUAGAGGCGUCUCAUAUAUAUGCACACACAUAUGUAUGUAUGUAUUAUUUCAAGAAUAUUUAGAAGUGAAUAGAGCAGUGGCGAGAAACCCGUAACAAUACAAUAAAAAAUAAGAUUUAUACUGUAAGAAAAAAAGGUUUAUCAGAUUAUCGCUCUGACAUUUAUCAAAUAUUCAUUCGCUAGAUUUCGGAGGAGAGCGAGAAUUGACUUUAUUGCAGGAGAUUCAUAAAAAAAAAAAAUCUAUAUAUAUAUAU